CUCCAGACCAGCCAGGGACCAGAGCAUCAUCAUGUGGAAUUGUCCCAUUACCUGGAGCAGCUGUCUUCGCUGGUCCUUGUUACAAUCCUAGAGUUUGGGUUUUCUUAGGUCCCAAGGCGCAUCCUUGACUUGUCAAAAGGUUAUGUCCCUUACCAGCAGUAUUGAAACACUGCAUCAAGAGAGCGCUGGGUGGGCAUUGGUGCUUAGUGUUAGGUAGCAGCAGAUUUGCUUGGAGUCGUUUGUGGGAUUGCCACGGAUGUUUUUAGGAACCGGCCCUCAGAUUGAAAAGCUGGUGGCAACGGAAACGUGCGAACAGCAGGGCCUCUUGGUUGCAGCCCAGGGUCUUUAGAAGGGUCAACAGAGUUUGAGCAUCUAAGUAAACCUUCGUCAAUCCAGUGUCGAUCAACAUAGCGACCUUGUAGAACUGGCGACCGCAUCGAGCCUAGCGCACCAUGGGCUUGGGGCGUGGGAUUUUGAGGCAGCUGAUAAAGGUCAGACACUUGGGAUAGACACAGCAGGCAGCCUCAUGGAGAUAACGGAAGGUUCUUUGGGGUGCAAUGUGCCCACCAUCUCUGGGCUCGGUUCAGCGCACCGGGGAGCUCUAGUGAAGAUUGAGAAUGAUGGGACAGAGUUGGAGCAUGCGUUUGAGGCUCGCCACCCUCUUGCUCUGUCUGUCGGGCAGGGGGCGACCACAACGGGGGGAGGGCACUUUUCUGGGGAGCUAGAGAAAGACUUCUUGUGCCCCAUAUGUAUGCAGACCAUCCGCGAUGCUUUUCUCACCGCCUGCGGGCACAGUUUCUGCUACAGCUGCAUCAACACACACCUGCAGAACAGGCAGAACUGCCCGUGCUGCUCGCAGUACCUCACUGUGGAACAGCUCUUCCCCAACUUCCUUCUCAACAAGUUGUUGCAGAAGGCGAGCACGCAGCACUUUGUGACCAAGUCCUCCCCCACUGAGCAUCUCCGGCUAGCCCUGCAACAGGGCACGGAGGUCUCGCUCAAGGAGCUGGACAGCCUGAUCAAGAUGCUGGCGGAGAAGAAGCAGCACGUGCAGCAGGAGGAGGCGGAGGUGAACAUGGAGAUCCUAAUGGACUUUCUGGAGAAGUCGCGCCGCCAGAAGCAGGAGCAGCUAGAUGAGCUACAAGCUGAUUUGGACCUUCUUCAAGAGGACCUCUCGGUCAUUGAAUUGCGGAAGGAGUCUCUUGCUGGUACAAGGGAAAGGAUCGGUUUGAGGAAGGAUGCCUCGACCUGGGAUGGCCAGAGCAAGGGUGGGGAAGUGGGUUUGCCAGUGACGGGGAUGAUAGCCGCCACGGCUGCAAAGAAGCGGAGAGUGUUCAUGCAGUUUGACGACCUUCAGGCGGUCUACUUGAACCAGCGGCGCAAGAGCGCACGCGUGCAAGAGGCUGAGAAGGAGGCGGUGCCUGGCCCUGGGGAGCCUGCCGCUGCGCCAGCAGGGCGGGCCAGGGACAAGCACGGGCGGGCCACCGGCUUGGACCAGUUCUCGCACAUCCUGUCUGCCUACACCAAAUACAGUCAACUCCGGGUCGUGGCUGAGUUGCGGCACGGCGACUUGUUCCACUCAUCCAACAUCGUCUCCAGCAUCGAGUUUGACCGGGACAACGAGUUGUUUGCGACGGCUGGCGUGUCGCGGCGCAUCAAGGUUUUUGAGUUCACGACGGUGGUGAACGAGAUGGCGGACGUGCACUGCCCCGUGGUGGAGAUGUCGACGCGCUCCAAGCUGAGCUGCCUGAGCUGGAACAAGUACAUCAAGGCGCACAUCGCCAGCAGCGACUACGAGGGCAUCGUCACCGUGUGGGACAUCAACACGUGCCAGUCCGUGAUGGAGUACGAGGAGCACGAGAAGCGCGCCUGGAGCGUGGACUUCAGCCGCACGGAGCCGACGCAGCUGGUGUCGGGAAGCGACGACGGGAAGGUCAAGGUGUGGAGCACGCGCGAGGAGAACAGCGUGCUCAACAUCGACAUGAAGGCCAAUAUUUGCUGCGUCAAGUACAACCCGGGGUCCAGCAACUUCGUGGCGGUGGGCUCGGCCGACCACCACAUCCACUACUUCGAUCUUCGCAAGCCGCAGGAGCCGCUGUUUGUGUUUAUGGGUCAUAAGAAGGCGGUGUCUUAUGUCAAGUUCAUCAAUGAGACUGAGCUCGCCUCAGCGUCCACCGACAGCACGCUGCGGCUAUGGGACGUGAAAGAGAACUGCUUGAUGCGAACAUUGAGGGGCCACACCAACGAGAAGAACUUUGUGGGUCUAUCCGUCAACAAGGAUUACGUCACCUGCGGCAGUGAGACAAACGAGAUUUAUGUGUAUUAUAAGGCUAUGUCGAAAGCCGCUGCAGUUCACAAGUUUGGCUGCACAGAUCCUGUUACAGGGGAAGAAAGCGAAGAUGACGCUGGACACUUUAUCAGUGCUGUAUGUUGGAAGGAAGACAGCUCUACAAUGCUAGCCGCAAAUAGUCAGGGAACAAUAAAAGCCCUAGUAUUGUCCCCUUGAAGGAGAGGGGCUCGUUGUAGGUAAAGUUCUAGGAUGCCCAGCCCGCGUUCCCUUGGUUUUCAAACUCUCGAAAGAGGCCCGGUCGCCUUCUUCGAUGCAGGGGUAAAAUAGAGCUUCAACAACAUGUUGAACUGAUUGAUUAGUGUCAGACUUUCCCUAGGUGCAAUUGUUCUAGGUCUUGCAAUACACGAUACAUUGUCAUUGACAUUGAUAAACUAGAAAUGAGAUAUCAACGGUAG